CACCUGUGACAGUAUGUGUGGAGAUGAAGGCUGUUGGGGUCCGGGGGCCGUCCAUGUGUGUCUUCUGUCAGCACGCCAGCCGUAGGGGACGCUGUGUCAGUCACUGCAACCUGCUGGACGGACACCCUCGAGAGUACAUGUCAAAUAAUGUGUGUUUGGCUUGUGACCCACAAUGCAAAACUCUAAACGGGACGGCAAGUUGUCAUGGGCCGGGUGCUGAUCAGUGUACAGAGUGUGCUCACUUUAAAGAUGGGACACACUGCGUGACACAGUGUGCACACAAAGUGCAAGGCCUUAAUAACAGACUAGUCUGGACAUACCCAGACAAAAGCAGACAGUGCCAGCCAUGCCAUACUAACUGUACACAAGGGUGCAGUGGACCAGGACUGCAUGGCUGUGAACCGAAGGGUGCAGUAAAUUAUGAGUUCCUUUAUAUUGUUGCUAUUCUUCAGCAUUAAAGUCUGCAUGAAAUCAGAAUUUGCAAUGUUUAUAUUGCCUAUAGUCUUAAGGUGAAAAAUUAAUGCAUUCUGUUAUUAUAAUGAGAAAAAUAAAAUGG